AUGUGCGGGCCGAGUGUGGAAGGCCGCUGGGCUCUGGGAGGUCUGCGUGGGACCUCCGAGCUGUUUGUGGAGCUCACGGGAACGCCGGGAUACAGGGGUUCUUCAGAGCUCCACCUGCCCGUUCGCGUGAGCUGCGAUGCGUGUUUGAAAGGCAACUUCCGGGGGAGGCGCUUCAAGUGUUUAAUUUGCUACGACUACGACCUGUGCGCGUCGUGCUACGAGAGCGGAGCCACCACAACCAGACACACCACAGAGCACCCCAUGCAGUGUAUAUUAACCCGGGUAGACUACGGUAAGACCCCGCCCGGAGGGGUGGACGGGGGGGGGGCAAUCGGGCCCUCUGUGGCCUCACUGGUCAGAAAGCAUCGAACUGUUUACUUGUAUUAUGGAGGAGACACCUUCUCGGUAGAGCAGCCCCAGUCCUUCACGUGUCCUUACUGUGGCAAGAUGGGCUUCACAGAAACGUCCCUACAGGAGCACGUCACCUCCGAGCAUUCGGAAACCUCCACAGAGGUGCUAGUCCACCCCUCUGAGGAGUUGAACGAGCCGAAGCUGUGCGAGGCGGAGUGGCAGCUGCUGGAGGCGGAGCGGGCGGACCGCGGCCUGUUCGUCCAGGAGCUGCUGCUGUCCACGCUGACCCGCCAGCAGAGCUCCUCCUCCUCUUCCUCCUCCUCCUCGGACGAGGACGAGCGCCGGGCCUUUGGCGACUUCGGCGCCAUGGGCUGCGUGGACAUCACGCCGCUGGACGUGGCGCUGGAGAACCUGCAGCUCACGGAGGGCCGCCACCCCCCCCCGCCGCCUCUUUGA